AUGGGCAAAAAAAGAAAGUCUAGGGCCUCUGCCGGCCAAUCGGCCUCGAAAUAUACUACCUACAAUGACAACUCGCGGUUCGAUCCAGACGAACAAUUCGCCGACUCCGCAGAUGAAUUUCAGGCUGGACGGGAUCAAGUUUUGCUGGAAGAAGGCCCAGAGGCCAAACGGAGACGGAGAUUAGCAGAAGACGAGGAACUGCUGCAGGUAUCGGACGAAGAGAUACAUGCCUACCUUUCAGCUUCGGAUGAAGACGAUUUCGACGACGAUGAGAUAGACGAAGGAGGAUACGAGGAGGACGAUACUAGGCAUUCCGUGCCGAAGAAGAUAUCUAAAUUACGGAGCCGGGAACCCUUGAGUCCGUCGUUGUCAGAAGACGCGAAAGCUGAAGAAGACGAAGUAGGUGGAUGGGGAUCCUCCAAGAAGGAUUACUACGAUGCAGACAUCAUUGAGACCGAGGGCGAUGCGCUGGAAGAGGAAGCGGAAGCCAAGAAAAUCCAACAGAAAAAGCUGCAGUCCAUGAAUGAUGCGGAUUUCGGGGUGGACGAAGCGGACUGGUUUGUACCGCAGCCUGACGAAGGGGAACACGACCAAAUCAAAGGCGAUACGGUCACCGAAGUUUUACCCGAACUACAGAUUUCUGAUGACAUGAGCUCUGCCGAUCGCUUGUCAUUAUUGAAGCAGCGAUACCCCGAAUUCGAGCCGCUGUCAGCGGAAUUCGUUGUCCUCCAACAAGUACACCAGGAGCUCUCAGAAGCAGUUGCACAAAUAAUACCGGGUGUGGGUAAUAGCAUUUCGGUUCCAUUGAUAAAAUGGCGCGCCCUUUCCGCGUAUCUAGGAGCCAUUUGCAUGUAUCUUGUGCUUCUAGCGUCACCCGCGCGGGGUUGCAAGGAACGUUGUCUUGCAAUAGCACCAGCCAAGCUCAGAGAACAUCAAAUCAUGGAAACUCUAGUCAGUUGUCGGACGCAGUGGGAGGAUGUGCGAAGUAUUCAAGAACCGGAAUCCUCUGACUUUGUCCGCGAUGCAAUGCCAAAGGAGCGUGUUCUGGAAGCUGUUUCAAGAGCUGAGGACUCGCAAUUGAAGGCAACAGGAUCAGCAAACAAAAUCAAGAAGACUAAAUCCCAAAGAGCUGCCGAUAAAGCUCGAAAAGAGUCAGAUUUACGGCGGGCAGAACGGCUGCGCCAAACGGAAGCGGCUCUGGAAGAACUCUCCAAGCAGCUGGAACCUUAUGGGUCGCAGAAAUUGAAAAUUAAACAAAAUAAACCCAUCCCUACUGAUGAUGAUUCAGAUUUUGGUGAUGAAACUUCUCUCACGGCCCAUGAAGCGGCAGAGAAGGCCAAGAAAAAGAAGUCUUUACGCUUCUAUACAUCUCAGAUUGCGCAAAAAGCGAACAAACGUGGUGCCGCAGGACGUGAAGCCGGCGGCGACGCAGAUAUACCGUAUCGUGAGCGUUUAAAAGACCGUCAAGCCCGCCUCAAUGAAAAGGCUGAAAAACGAGGCCGUCGAGAAGCUAACGAGUUGGAACGGCUUGGUGGGGGCAGUGAUGACGAGGACUAUCGAGCUGCGAAGGAGAUUAGAGGGGAAGGUGGCUCCGAUAGUGAGGAUUAUUAUGAUUACGUCGCUGGCCGGAAUAAACAGAAGAAAGAGAACAAGAAGAAACUUGCGGACGCAUAUACCGAGGCGGCUCGUGAGGGCGGUCGCGUUGAAGUGCAAGAAGAAAUCGGCCCUGACGGAAAGCGCGCCAUCACGUAUGCUAUCGAGAAAAAUAAGGGUUUGGCGCCAAAGAGAAACAAGGACGUACGGAAUCCUCGUGUGAAGAAGAGGAAGAAGUUUGAGCAAAAGAAGAAGAAGCUGGGUAGCAUACGCCAGGUAUACAAGGGAGGAGAGGGUCCUGGUGGCUAUGGAGGAGAGUUGACGGGUAUCAAGAAAAACCUGGUCAAGAGCGUCAAAUUGUAG